AUGGAAUAUCUUCAUUAUAAUCUCGUAUUACAAACAAUAAUGGAUGAAGCGAUUCGACGAAAAUAUUGUGGCCUUCUAAUGUUUGAUACACCCUCCUUUCCUUACAAAUCUAAUGGUAAAGUGAAUUCAUCGACACUAACCAUUGAUCAUACAACAUCGCUAGAGAAUAGCAGCAUAAGAACCCAAGACAAUUUCGUUUUUACCUCCUUCUUGGAACCAAUUCGUGUCAAACCGCAAACCCCUAUAAAAAAUAAACGGCCUAUUAUCUUGGAUUCAGAUUCGUCGCUAUUAAAUAACGAGGUCGAAAAGACGUCAAGUAUAGUGCAGCCAACUUCUGAAGACAGGACUCCUCGUCCUCCAAAUGCCUUCAUUUUAUAUAGACGUUCUAAACAGCCCGAAGUAACUCGGGAGCAUGGUAAUAUUUCUAACGCAAGAAUAUCAAAAAUUCUUGCCAAGCUUUGGAAAGAGGAAGAUGAAACUGUAAAACAUUAUUGGCAAAAAAUGGCCGACAAAAAAAAAAUGGAACAUAU